AUGCUUAUUAUUCGAUAUUGGUUAAAACAACUUUUUAAAUUUGCUUAUUUUGAAAAUGCUUCUCUUGAAUAUGGUACAUUAAAUCCAGAAAUGAUCAAUUUAUUAUUUGAUAACGACAAAACAAUUCAAAAACAAUUUUAUGUUCAAUACCUCAAAUUAGAGGCUAGAAAUGAUAUAAACGAAAAUAUUUUUGAAUUCACUCUAAACCGUUUUGCCAUUUACGAAAGUCUUAGAAUUAAUUUUCAUGAGGACGACAACAUUGAAAAAUAUACUGAUAUUUUAUUUAAUAUUAUAAUAAAUGAAGGCAAUAGAUUACCUAGAGUUAAUUUUAAUGUUAUUUUACCUUUUGAGGUUUUUGACAUUACAAAACUUUAUAAUCUUAUAUUUGAAUAUAUAACAACAUCAAAAGAUUUGUCAAAAAUGGUGUCUUCUAUUUAUUUUAGUUGUUAUUGCAGAAAGUUAAUUUUUAAAUUACCCGAAAGUGCGGAAACUUUGAAAUCUACCUGUUACAAAAUUGUCAAUAUUUAUAAUCCAAAAAUAAAAUUUGUGUUAUCUAAUGGUGGACUUCCUGGACAUUUUUCUUAUGUUUUUAUCCAUAGAAUCGAAGAAUAA